UUUACUUGGCCAAUUAACUGGGCUUCUUUAAGGAACUAGCAGAAGUCUAUGUUUUAGGCUUAUAGCUUUCUGCUGCUUAGAUUUAGGCCUGUUAACACAGAGAGAGAGAGAGAGAGAGAGAGAGAAUCAUUUCUGCAUUAAAUUUAAAGGUUUCAUCUUGAGAUGGCCUUCUACUUUUACUUUAUGACACAACUACUUUUAUCUAGGCUGGUCAAGCAUUUACCACACAUGCAGCAAACCCCAACUCUAGCUUCUCAUAUAUCAUGUUCAUUCAUGGCUUUGAAAAGCCACUAAAUAUGGCAUUGUGAUUCAUUGUUUUGGCACUGUAUGCUUUACCACUUCAUAUUGAUUUUCUGCUUUCGAAAUUGCUAUUAUCAGAUUCUCAGUGUCAUAGAUUUCCUGAUCAGUUAUACUUUUAUUACCUCAUCACUUGACAUAGGCAUUUUGCUAUUGUCAUCGUUUUUAACUUUAUAAUGGUUUCACAAGACUCACCCCCAAAUCCAGCUUCAAGUAUCUUUCACCAAUUCAUUAUCUCAGACUCCAUUGCUGCCCAAAACCAUUUGGAAAGCCAACACCUUGAUGCUUAUGAGUCUUCUUUUCCGAAUAGUAACACAUUCCCUCAGUCUCUUGGUGUCCUGCCCAGCCUUCAUUCUCUUGGGGAGAGAAUGUCCAGAUCAGUGCACCUUGUUCAAGCUCGCACAGGUGCAGAGGACUCAGAUAUGAACAACCACACAAGGCAUCUGAUGGAUCUUCCUAGAGCAGCAAUUGAGAACCAAGCACAGAGGCUCUCACUGUCCCUUGGUUCCCACAUGCUUGUUCCAUCUGUCCAAUAUAGGCAGAGGUCUAUGAAUUCAGACCUCAUGAGCCACAAUCACUUUAUCAUUGGAGAAGAAUCAGGGGAAGCUUGCAAUCCAGGAGUUGAACAUGUAAGCGAUGAGUAUUGUUUCACAGGCAGUGCGCUUGCUUCGUCUUCAAACUCGCUAAGUCGAUCUUGUUCCACUUCAUAUGGAACAGAAUCUUUAGCGGAUGUUAUUGGGAAUUCAAGAUAUCUAAAACCAGCUCAGUCCCUCUUAGAUGAGAUUGUUAAUGUUGGUGGAAAACAAGUUGACAUCAGCAAUGAAAAACAUGCUGGAAAGUUAUAUGGUGAAGGCCGGAGAGGUGCUAUGGGGCUUUCUUCUGAACUGAAAGCAGAGUUGUGCUGCAAUGGGCUCAUGUCCGCUGACAAGCAUGAAUUGCAAGCUAGACUUGCAAACCUUAUCACCUUGUUGGAACAGGUUGAGGACAGAUGUGAGAAGUACUACCAUCAAAUGGAAGAAGUGAUGUCAUCAUUUGAGAUGGUAGUAGGUGAAGGAGCAGCCAAGUCUUACACAGCUCUGGCACUCAAGGCCAUGUCCAGGCAUUUUUGCAGCUUAAGAGAUGCUAUAGUUUCCCAUAUCUAUGCCGAAAAACGAAAGCUGUUGCAAGACGUACCGAAAAUCAGUUCGGGACUAUCACAACUUAACUUGUUUGACAGAGAGUGCAGACACAAAAGAAUGUCUCUUCAACAGCUUGGCAUUUUCCAGAGCCAACGCCAAGCUUUCAGACCAAUUCGAGGCCUGCCAGAGACCUCUGUGGCAAUUCUUCGCACUUGGCUUUUUGAACACUUCCUCCACCCUUAUCCAAAUGACUCUGAGAAGCUUCUGUUGGCAUCACAAACAGGCUUGUCAAAGAACCAAGUUUCAAAUUGGUUCAUAAAUGCGCGAGUUCGGCUCUGGAAACCUAUGAUAGAAGAAAUGUACAAAGAAGAGUUUGGGGAGUCUUCGGAGGAUUCGAACUCUUUAGCCGGUGGCUCCAUGACCGGUGAAGGUAACACAGAUCACACAGAGGAUUGAUGGGGGAAAAGAUGUUCAACUGGAUAUGGCUUGCAGUAAUGCAUUUCACAUCUUGAGGUUAAUGUUGAAAAUCACCAGUGGAAGUUUAGAUUUUAUGCAAUGUUGUAAAGGAUUUCAAGUCUACCAUUUGCAAUGUUGAUUUUAGUGCUAAGAGUGUUAUU